AGUGAGGUGGCAGGCGGGUGACAUGAUUGAAGAAGGACGAACAGUCCGCUGCCCUGCCGCCUAGCCCCGCUCCACGCACCACCCCCUUUACUUUUACCCCAUCUGCGGCGCAUUGACUAACGACUCUUUUGACGGUACGAAUCGAUUCGCUAAAAUGCCACCUACAUUCGUGUAAAUUGCCACCCGUGAGCGGGACGGAGCGCGACGGACGAGCGCGGCUUUCAAAAGAAGCCACCAUUUCGUGUCGAUCCAGCAGAGUGCUGACGGCGCCGGCGGGCGGCCCGGCCCCCGCGGCCACGCGUCCCCAGUGCGGAGUCCGUCGCAACCGGAGGAUGGAGUUCUCGGAGCUGCUGUUCGACGCGGACAGCGACGACUACCUGGUGGACGACUCGCCGUCGGACCUGGUGCGGGAGGCCCUGGAGGGGGGCGUCGUCGACGACGGCUACGAGGACGAGGACGCUCCCGAGCCGAUCGGGGCGGUACGGGUCCGCAAGUGGCAGUUGACGGUGCCGGUCGUCCUGGCCUCCGUCUGCAUCCUGGCCGCCUUCCUCGCCUUCGCCGUCACGUGCGUGCUCAGGGUGCUGGUGCCGCGUCGGCCGCGCCGCGCCAGGAGGUGGAGGGGCUUCCAGAACCUCGACAGGCUGCGCAGUCUGUGAACGACCCCCGGCCCCUUACCGACUCGCGUCCCGUCAAGGAACGUGGUUCGAGACCGUGUUGGCCGCUUUUACUCGCUGAGGAAGAGUUUGCUGAGCAGCUAAGCCCUAGCUAGGCGCCAACUAGUCGCGAAAAGGGAUUUUUAAUUUUGAUAACGAUACGGUCAGAACUUUCAAGUGCACAAGUACCGAGCGUCUAACUGAACCAUUUCAAGAGUUUACCGGUUGAAACACUUGGUUUGUGAGUGCUGACCGUGAACACGUGGCUUUAUCUCUCCCGUAUAAUCGCUAAUCGCACUAUGUUUCUCAAGCACUCCAUGUUGUCGAACUUGAAAGACGCAAUGAGUGGUGAAUAUAUCAUGGAAAUAAAGAAGCAGAAGACAAAUCAAUAA